CCGAGAAGCAAAAUGUGACAGCCCUUUAAAUCACAAGGGGCACAUGGUGCCGAGGGACUGCUACUACUGCAACAGCUCAUCUUCAGAGACACAAGAGGCGCAAGAACAAGCCUAAAGGAGGAAGACGACGGUGGCGGCGAUGGGGUGCCGGUCCUGCGAGAAGCCCAAGAUGAACUACCGGAAGGGGCUGUGGUCACCUGAGGAGGACCAGAGGCUCAGGGACUACAUCCUCAAGCAUGGCCUCGGCUGCUGGAGUGCUGUUCCCGCAAAGGCUGGUCUCCAGAGAAACGGCAAGAGCUGCCGCCUGCGUUGGAUCAACUACUUGAGGCCCGGAUUAAAGCGUGGAAUGUUCUCUCAGGAGGAGGAAGACGUCGUCAUCAACCUUCAAGCCAAGCUGGGCAACAAGUGGUCGCAGAUUGCGAUGCAUCUGCCCGGGAGGACCGACAACGAGGUGAAGAACUACUGGAACUCGUACCUGAAGAAGAGGGUGAUGCAGGCCCAGGGCGGCUCCAACCCCAAGAGCCCAGCCGAGCUCACCUCCAUGAGCACCACCGAGCCGGCCAUGUCCAUGUCCAUGUCCAUGCACCACCACCACCACGCCAAGAACAGCAGCGGCAGCACCACGACGUCGCACGACCAAGACGCCAACAUCAGCAGCAACGGCCUGUCAGGCCCUGCGCCCCUAGCCCAGCAGCCGUUCGAUCACCAGGCGCAGCAGCAGCCCAAGAACUUCGUCUUCUCCGACUGGGUGCCGAAGCCGGAGAGCUACUCGGUGUGCACGCACUGGCCCGCCUCCACGGCGAGCUCCGGCAACGUGACGCCGUCGCACGGCGGCGCCUUCGGGGACCAGAUGAGCGGCAGCUACGGCGCGCUGCCGCCGCACCCGGACAACCAGGCCGUCGUCGGCAGCCAUGGCGCCGCCGCCACCGGCAUUGCAGGUAGCGGGUACUUUGAUCUGCUCAACAUGGGGGACAUCUACGGGGGGUUCAGCUCGACGAACGAUGAUCUGCUCUUCUGAACUGACGGUGUGGCGGGAGGUGUCAUGUGAACAGUGUUUGUGUCGUGCAUGAGUGUAAGCAAGAAAUGCCGCGGUAUACUUCGAUUUGAUUCUUCUUCUUUUGUCAGAAUUAAUUAAUGUGAUGUAGAGAACACACCCUAGGCUGGACAUAAUUCUUUGGUUUCUUCCUACAAUAAAAAUGCGCAUGAAUCUGUUUGUGGGAGUGUAAAUGUGAGUUAGUCGACGUACAGUAUGCUUCCGACAGGACUUUCCAGUGUAAAGAGGCCAUUAUUCAA